AUGAAGAGAGGAGUAAUGAGAAGAGGAGAGGACUAAUGAGAAGAGGAGUAAAGAGGAGAGGAGUAAAGAGGAGAGGAGUAAUGAAGAGAGGAGUAACGAGGAGAGGAGAGGAGUAAUGAGAAGAGGAGAGGAGUAAUGAGAAGAGGAGUAAUGAGGAGAGGAGUAAAGAGGAGAGGAGUAAUGAAGAGAGGAGUAAUGAGGAGAGGAGAGGAGUAAUGAGGAGAGGAGUAAAGAGGAGAGGAGUAAUGAGGAGAGGAGAGGAGUAAUGAGGCGAGGAGUAAUGAGAAGAGGAGAGGAGUAAUGAGGAGAGGAGUAAUGAGGAGAGGAGUAAAGAGGAGAGGAGUAAUGAAGAGAGGAGUAGAGAGGAGAGGAGUAAUAAGGAGGAGUAAUGAGAAGAGGAGAGGAGUAAUGAGGAGAGGAGUAAUGAGGAGAGGAGAGGAGUAAUGAGGCGAGGAGUAAUGAGAAGAGGAGUAAUGAGGAUAGGAGAGGACUAAUGAGGCGAGGAGUAAUGAGGAGAGGCGAGGAGUAAUGAGGCGAGGAGUAAUGAGGCGAGGAGUAAUGAGGAGAGGAGUAAUGAGGAGAGGAGAGGAGUAAUGAGGAGAGGAGUAAUGAGAAGAGGAGUAAUGAGAAGAGGAGUAAUGAGGAGAGUAGAGGAGUAAUGAGGGGAGUAGAGGAGUAAUGAGGAGAGGAGUAAUGAGAUGUGGAGAGGAGUAAUGAGAAGAUUGUGUGUGGUGCAGUUACGUGUGAGGAUGAGGUUGAGCUGUUUGCCGGCUUUGUGGGUUGCUGGUGUGGUGAACUGCUUGAGGUUGAAUGUGGGAAGGAGAGCAAGAAAGUCAGCUGCAUGUGGCUUGUCGAGGUGAAUGUUGAAGUCACCGAGGACCACAAGAGGACUUCCAUCAUCCGGGAUGGUGGACAGAAGCGUGUCAAAUUCAUCGAUGAACUUCCCCAGUUGACCUGGAGGACUAUUAAUAAGAAAGUGCAUUUUGGCACGGUCAGUGACUGCAACAGCAUGAAAUUCAAAGGACAUGUAGGAGCAAGAGGGAGAAAGGCAGGUAAAUUUCCAUGUUUUGGAGAGAAGUAAACCUGUACUACCCCCUUGUCUGAUGGGACACGAGGUAUGGGAUAAGUUGCAGUUGGAGGCUAGGGCGGCGGGUGUGGCAGUGUUCUCUGUUCGGAUCCAGGCCUCAGUCAGAGCCAGCACACUGAGGUUGGAGUGGGUGGAAAAGGCAGCAAUGAAGUCAGCCUUGUUGGCGCAGAUCGGCGGUUUCAAAGUCCGAUAGAGAACGAGGAGGAAAUGCCGAGGCCACAUGUAGAGAGCGUAGGCUGUCUAAAUUGCAUACUUUUCUGGGAGUGUAACACGGUCUGCGCCUGUAGUAAAUAACCGGGAUAAACUGAUAACACAUGUUCGUGUGUAAACAGAUUCACAGAGAGGGGAAGAGAGGAGGAAAAGAUGGAGAGGGAGAGAAGUAUACUUUGCAGCGUGAGUGGUGUCCUUGCUCGGUGGACUCGUUCAGGGACAUCCUCAUCUUUGACUCCUCGUUUGAUUGACAGCUCAGAUCCUCAUACUUUAAAAAACAAACAAGAACUCGGGCAUUUCAGAGGAACGACGGAUGAAACGGAGAAACGCGAGCAGAUAAAAGUGCUUAGAGUGAUGCUCAACAGACUCAACAAUGGCAGAAAGUCGUUUCUCUCGGAGACGGCGUCUCUGCUGAACAGCGCUGAGCAUCUCCUGUCCAUGCUCUUGGAGGAACUGGUGGAGUGGAAACGCAGGCAGGAGGUCUCCUGCAUCGGGGCUCCAGAAGACACCAACCUUGAACCUCUGGAGAAAUGGUUCACUGCGGUGGGGGACAGAAUGUUCCAACUCCGUAAGUUCCUGCAGAAACUGGAGGAGCUUAAGGACAAAUUGAGUUACGAUGAAGAUCCCAUCAAGACCCAAAAACCCGAACUACAGGAUCAAGUGGACGCGUUACUAACCACUCUGCUGAAGAGCGCUUUCGUGGUGGAGACACAGCCCUCCAUGCCGCAGGGUCGAGGUCCUCUGGUCCUGCGCACAAACAUCCAGUUCUCAGUUAAAACCAGGUUUCUCUUUAAGGUUCCUGAACUCAACCAUGCCAUGAAAGUGGGCGUGUCCAUUAACAAGGAUGUCCCGAGUGUGAAAGGGUAUCGCAGGUUUAACGUUCUGGGGACGUCGAGUAAAGCCUUAAACAUGUCCGAGAGCAUGAGCGGUGGAAUGGUGGCAGAUUUCAGACAUUUGACUUUAAAAGAGCAGAAGGUUGGAGGAGGAGGAAAGGGCAACAAUGAUCUGUCUCUGAGCGUGACCGAGGAGCUCCACACCAUACACUUCGAGACGCAGUUCAACCUGCACGGCCUGUCUGUCUCUCUGGAGACGUGCUCCCUACCUGUCGUGGUGAUCUCCAACUCCAGCCAGCAGCAGAGCGCCUGGGCGUCUGUACUGUGGUUCAUCAUGCUCUCUACUGACCCCAAGAACCUGGUGUUCUUCGCGAGUUCUCCCGUAGCGACCUGGUCUCAGCUGGGGCAGAUGUUGAGCUGGCAGUUCCAGUCGUGUGCUAAACGAGGCCUGGAUGCAGACCAGCUUGAUACUCUUGCGCUGAAACUUUUUGGAAAACAAGACAAUUAUGAAAACUGUAAAAUAUCUUGGACCAGAUUCAGCAAGGAGAACAUCCCUGGGCAGAACUUCACGCUGUGGGUUUGGCUGGAUGGAAUUCUAAACCUGGUGAAGGUUUACCUCGCCAAUAUGUGGGAGGAUGGGUCCAUCAUGGGUUUUGUGAGUAAAGGGACGGAGAAGGCUCUGUUGAAGAAGAAACAGAGUGGAACAUUUCUCCUGCGCUUUAGUGAAAGCAUCAGAGAUGGAGGAAUCACGUUCAGCUGGGUGGAGUACUGUAAUAAAGGUAUACCCAACGUGAGGACGGUGCAGCCCUUCACCAGUGUGGACCUCAAGCAGAUUCCUUUCCCCGAGAUCCUGCGCAACUUUCAGAUCAUGGAGGCGGAUAACGCGCCCGUGUACCCACUGCAGUUCCUCUACCCCAACACGCCUAAAGACCAGGCGUUCGGCAAGUACUACAACGAGAAGACUGGAGAGGAAAGUCCUUACAUUAAAUACAUUAGAACCAAGCUGGUCUUCGUGUCAAAAGAGAAUGGGUGUACGAGCGCGCCUGAAGGGCCAGCGCCUGAUCUGUGUGCACAGCACGACGAUCCUCCUUCGCCUCCUGACAUGAACCAUGACGUCAUGCUGCGAGGGGUAGAAAACUCCCCGAUGCUCUCCAGCUACAGCCCCAGUCCCAGUCCGCCCAGCAGCGUUCCGGAACCUUCUCUCUGCGACAUCCCAGUAGAUCUCCUGGAUACUCUGAUUACAGUUCCUUUUGCAGAUGUUCCUCUGAAGGGCUGCCGCAGUACCGAAACUUUCCUGGACAUGCUCUCUGAGGCGUACUCUCCCAACGCUAACCAGACGACGCUGCAGGAGUUUCUUAGCGACCAAGACUUGUGGACGGUGUGAAGAUUCCUGCGAAGUAGGAGAAACCUUCAGCGUUUAUCAUUUGGUCAUGUUCUUCUCUCUUUAAAAACAAAAGCCUGUGUACUUUUCUUGCACUUUUUACAUUCUUAUGCUAUGCUGUGGUUCUGUGGCACUAUGCUACGUAUCAGCCGCUGGGGCUAAGUGAUUGGGGGCAGGGGCGGGGGGAAUCAAUGAAUAUCUUGUCCGAUGUAUUUCAGCGUUUUUUUUUUCUUUCCCCACCGGAUAGUGUGGCUCAGAUUGUGGUAAUGCCUUUAGUCGUUAUUUCAUGAGGACUGAAGAAAGGUACCUGUGCUCGUGUACAGUACUGGACAGGGAUGUGUGGGUGGAGCUAAAAUAGAGCAGUCUAUUGAUUAGUCAGUGAUCUUCAGCAGUGUAGUGACUGUCUCUCUCUCUUCUUUUUUUUUUUUUUCUUCCCAAAUCUCCAUUUUCCAUUGUAUUUACAAGGCAGUGUCGCAAUUUUACCUUCAAAUCAGAUGUUUUGAUUUCGUUUAGUCCAGUGUUAAAUUUGAUUUCCGUGUAAACGCCUCACUCCUCGUGCUGCAGGCUAUCUGGUGAGUUUUUGGAGUGACCCCAUAUUAUUGAGCGUAGAUGACAUGCAGUCGUCCAGCGUACAGCCUAGCAGCUCGUUUUGUGCGGUUUUAGACAAACCUUCGUUCGAGGUAAUAUCAUUAACCGGGGUUGCCAGGUUUCAGCAAAAUUUCUCAAGCACGACACAAACUAUGCAAAACUAACCCAGCAAAUUCGGGCAUUUUCAACAGGGAGACACUUUUUUCUCAUUGAAAACACGUAUUUCACACAUGUUUCUGAUGAAUGGACAUUAUCCACUCCAGAACCCCCUUUUCCCUCUCUUUAUUACGUUUCAUUCAGUUUAUUUGCUACAAAACAAGUCCAAACAAGUCCUGGACAAAGUUCUGGAAAAAUAACCAAAAAAAAAGUCCCAAACUUUGAACAUCUGUCAUAGCGACAUCCAUUCCAUGAUUUAAAAAGUGCAAAGAAUACGACACAAGCGCGACUCUGCCUAGAGGAGACCGUCCACCAAAAUUCAGUGAGUGGGUGAAGAGGGGAUUAGUCAGAGAAGUAACCAAGAGGCCAAGUGUAGGGGCAAACCUAAAACGCUUCACAGAGCUGGUCUUUACGGAAGCGCAGUGAGCCGUGUAAAAUCCUCUUUACUGAAAUGUUGGAACGUUGGAAACUCGGCACAGGUGGGAAAAGUUCUCUGGUCUGAUGAGAUCGAAACUGAACUCUGUGUCCUUGGAACAAAGCACUAAAACCUUCACAUCACCUGACUGCUGUGAAGCAUGAAGGUGGUAGCAUCAUGUUGGGAGUCAUCCUUGGUCUGUUGGAUGCUUAGUAACAGUAUAGAAACCUUAGUACCUCAUACAGUAACCGUAGUAACCGUACUAUAAGUAUUGUAACCGCAUCAUAACCGUAGUAACCAUAAUGCACUGCCCGGUGGAAAAGCUCUACCAGUAUAUCGAGCUUUUGAAAGUCUUAAACGACAUCAUGGGAUCUUUAGGUUGAAGAUGAUUACUGCACUUCCCUUUUUAUCGAUUUAUUAAAGCCACAGAGUGGAUCAUGAAAUAUUGCUGUGUAGAUGAGAGUGUUGGUCUAUCAAAUCAUGUCAUUUUCUGGUUUAAGUGGAAGAACUUGAUGUGUACUUGCUGAAGGUAAACCGUCUGAAUUAUUGGAGAUUGCCAAAGGUGUCCCCCAAGGAUCUGAGUUGGGGCCCCUUUUAUUUCCUUUUUACAUAAAUAGAUUUGAUCAUGACAUUCACGAGGCUAAUUUUCCCUUUUAUUCUGAUAACACUGUCAUGUAUUUUAGUGCUUCCACAAAACAUCGAGCCUCGCGUACGCUUCAAUUAGCUUUUGAUGUCAUUCAGUCACGGCUUUAUAACUUAAAGUUUGCUUUGAAUGCUGAUAAAAACCAAGCAAUGGUAAAUAAUCUCGCUUCUCUCCAGACCUUAAAGGUAAUGCGAUUGAGUCAGUAAAAGAGUAUAAAGAAACUAAAGAGAGAAUUUAAACUAAAUCUUGGGUUUUAUUUUAGAAACCAGCUUUGUCUUUGCAUUAUCGUAAGAAAGAAAUGCGUUUCUGCUGCCUUUUCUACCUGUGCUUGAUUAUGGUGAUGUGCUGCAAGAUGCUUGGCCUUCUUUGUCCACUAGAAGAAAAAUGCACUGGUGUUUAAUCAUUUACAAAACCACUUCAUAUCUCUGUUGUCUCAUUAACGGAAAAGUCUUUGGAAAUAUUCCCUUCGUUCUUAAAAUGGCCGUACGGUCUCUGUUCCUUUUCUCCGAACUGAACUGGGGGGCUCUUAUGUGUGCCGCUCCGUCUGACUGGAAUUCUCUUUGAUUGAAAGUGAAAAGACGAAACGUGGCGUCUAUGGAAGAAUUUAAAUCUAUUAUUCGGCGGCUGUGAGACGAGUCCGUGGUGUGUAACGGUCUUGAAGUGUUUAAUUUGUUUGAUUUUUGUGUGUAACUUGUGAUUAUAACUGAUUGUAUACUGCGGUCCAUCUUGACCAGGACACCCCUUUUUAAUCUCAGAGAGGCUGUCCUGGUUAAAUAAAGGUGAAAUAAAUAAAUAAAAAUAAAUAAAAUACAAAUUGUCAUUUUACGUUUACGCCUGAAACGCUAAAAGAGGCAGAGAAUUUUGCGGAUCUCUUUUCCUUGUCUUUUCUUCUCUAUUUAACAUCCUGUCUUUUUAUUCCUUUUAUCUCUCUCGCUCACAUCUUUUUUCCCUUUCUCUCACUUUUUCCUCUUACUUUUUAUUUCUGUUUUGCUUUCUUCAUCUCUUUCUUUGAUUUCUCCCUUUCUCACUUUUUUUGUCAUUUAAAAAUAAAAAAACUCAUACAUGUUCCGUUUUGUUUGUCAAGAAAAAAAUUCUCCAACCUCGUUUUCUUCUGUCUCUUUUUUGUGUCUAUUUCCGUCAUCUGUUCUCCUUUUCUGCUGAUUUUGUUUUUUCCCUACUUUUUCUUUUUUUACUUUCUCUCUACCUCUUCCUUUCUUUCUAUAUUUUUUCCUUAUGUAAACGUAACAUUUCAUCGCGGUUUGAAUUCUGUCUGAUUUUCACAUUAAGAGAAAAUGUUUCAUCUUGAAGUCUGUAAAACUCUGAUUUUCUCCCAGUGUAAAAUCCAGAACAGUUUUUUUAAACGACAGAACGAACUCAUCCUUCUGUUUUAAGCUCUUCUUAUGUUCUCCUCUCGGGUGCCCGUUGCCCUGUGAGGUCAUUAAUCAUUAAUCAUCUUAAAACGGAGGGAUUUGGAUGUAGAAGUGAAAUGAUGGAGAUGUUUUCACCCCAGAGUUUAAUUUCCUUAGAGAAAGAGAAACAUGACAUUUUGUCAUCCAACAGAGCAUUUUAUAAAAUUUAUAUAUAGAAUGAAAAGUACUGGAGAGCACUGUGUAAAUGAAUAUAAAUCACUGAUUAUAAAUAAGUUAGAAUUCACAGCUGGAAUCUGGAGAUUAUCUGGCGUAUUGAUGUCUUACUUCCUGUAGGUUUUCUCCAAACUGUAAAUGCCAAAAUAAUUUUUAAAAAAGACCAACUUUACAUCCUAAUGAAUAAGAUAUGUUCAUGUAAUGCCCUGAUGAUGGUGGUGGUGAUGAUUUUAUGUCUGAUGUGGUUUUUCAUCCUUAUUUGUCCAGGUCAGAGAUGCGCACAUGCACGUCUAAUUCUUCUUUUUUUAAUUAUUAUUAUUAUUACUAAAAGUUUUAUUUCAAUAACAUGUAAUAUUUUGAAUAAAAUGCUCCACCCUGUA